AUGAUAUCUAAAUUUAGCACUUCAGUAAGAAACUUUUCCAGAAGAAUUAUAUCUAGUCCUGCAAGUGCUACUCCCCAAAAUGGAGACAAUCCUACUGGUGAUGAUAAUAUGGUUUCAUCAAAUACAUCAACCGAAUCACCAAUUUCUGAAGAGAGUGUAGAUUCCCGACAGUCGACGAUAUCUAACGAUAAUGGCGGUAGCAAUCACCCUGCUGUUAUACUAGAUGAGACUUUUAGUAUUCCUAAUUCCUGUGCUGCAUCAGACGAAUCAUCGGAUGACGAGAUCGGUGGUUCACGCGAAGAGAACGAUACUUACACAACUUAUGUAUCCGAUUACGAAAAAACGAAUACUUUACUGCAAGAAACGAUGAAAAUACAUCCAGAAUUUGCUACAGCUGUGCAGGUUUUCCAGACAUCACGUUGCAAGAAUUUAACCAUUUCAUCUUAUAUGCUGAAACCUAUCCAACGUAUACCUCGAUAUAGACUAUUGAUGGAAGAUUAUUUAAAAAAUUUACCAGCGGAUUCAGAAGAGUUACCAGAUGCACAAAGUGCGCUAGCGUCGAUAAUUGACGCUGCUAAUAAAAUUAAUGAAAAUAUGAAAAUAGGGGAUAAUUUAAAAAAAAUUCUCAGGGUACAGGAACGAUUAAGAAUUAGAAAGGACUAUAAUUUAGUUGUCCCACACAGAAUAUUUAUUAAAGAAGGACUACUUGGAAAAGUUUGCAGAAAGGUUGUUCAAAUAAGAAUGUUUUUCCUAUUUAGUGACAUCUUGCUCUAUACUGAGCCAGAAGCUGUAACCCAUUCAUUUCGGUAUAAAGACGAAUUUGAUUUAAAAAAUAUGCAAAUCACCAUACCAACUGAUCAAAAUUUAUAUGGUGAAUCAUUUGCAUUUCAAAUUAACCAUAAAAAGAGACAAUUUAUUCUUAAAGCAAAAUCAAUCGAAGAGCGCGAUGAAUGGGUUAAAGAAUUACAGACAGCUGCAGAGGAAGAACGUAAUCGACUAGCAACAUUUGGAGAAAACGUGGCCAUGCCUAAGACCUUUAUUAUCGGAAAACAAGCUCCAUUAAUGAUAGCCGAUGACCACGUUACUAGAUGCCAAAUAUGCGAUAAGAUGUUUACGACAUUUUUUAGAAGACAUCAUUGUAGGGGAUGUGGCAAGGUUGUAUGUGGUGAAUGUUCUAAUAAUAAGGCCCCACUGGAAUACAAAGACUAUAAAGCUGAUCGCGUAUGCGACGCAUGCUACGAAAUUUUAUUGUCCGGUCUCACGGAAAGAAUAAACAACCGUCCUACAGAUCAUUAUCCAAUUCUGGAGUACCAAUAUGAAAGGCGAGACGAAGUAGUGACAAGAUUUCGUAAGCAUAGUUCGAAAACUGGAACAAAGAUUCGUCGUAGAAAGGAUCGUUGUUCUUUCCUGAAAGAGGAGACUGGUAAUGCCUAUUCUCUAAAGGAUCCCGUGGAUGUCUCUAAUAAAGGAGACUUUAAAAAUUGGAAGAGAAAAUUCUGCAUUGUUCGAGGAAAUGAAAAUGUUCUAUACAUUUAUGAUGCUGUCGAGGAUAAAAAAGCAGCAAAAGAAGUUGUCUUAGUAGGUUGGACAAUUUCGAAGAAAACUAUAGCAAAGGAAGAUGACAGUACUUCUACGGAUAAUAUCAUUGAAUUAAGCCACUUCAAUCAGUCCAGCGCUGAUGCACCUGUAUCGCCUAACCAUAAUGCUAAUCAACUGAUGUUCAUUCGACCACCAGCAGAUAAAUUCAAUGAAUGGUUCGAUUGCAUUUUAAAAGCUACUCAGUUAACUGAUCCCAGAGAUAGCGUGUUUGGUGAAUCUACUGACAUUUGA